UCAAUCGGAACUACUGCUGCUAUCUCACAUGAUGAUUCCAUGAUUGCAACAAGCUCAAGAACUCACAUACGUGCAAACACUGGUGUACUGUACAGUACACACGACUGCAGCUGAUGUGUGUGUGUGUAUAUAGGCGUCUUCAUUUCCCUCCAAGGCUCCGACCAAGCAGCACAAUAGCUUAUUAGCCAGAGCUUAGAGACCUACAGCCGAUGAGGCCACCGGUGACGCGCACGCGUCCCCAGCUGCGUCCUCGUCCGGUGCCAUUGGUGACGACGGUGCUCAUUUCCGUAUUGGUGUUCUCGGUGCUGUGCCAUCCUGCUGCCGCCGCCGACGCGAGCAGAGCGCUGCACUACCACCGGAAGCACCGGAGGCACCACAACAGGCACCACCGCGCGGAGAACAGCGGCGGCCACAUCGCCCUGCCACCUGCCCCCGCGCUCCCUCCCGACGUCGACGGCGACUCUCCGACCGAGCCGCCGGGUUUGCCUCCGGACGCCGGCGACAACAGCUCAUCAGCCGUGUUCGACGUGAGGGCGUUCGGGGCGUCGGGCAACGCCUCGGGCAACGACACGCGCGCGUUCCGCGCGGCGUGGAAGGCGGCGUGCUCCUCCAGCUCCGCCACGGCCACGCUCCUAGUGCCGUCGGAUGGCGUGUUCACGAUCACCUCCACCAUCUUCGCCGGGCCGUGCAAGUCCACGCUGACCUUCCAGAUCGACGGCGUGCUGAUGCCGCCGGACGGGCCGGCGAGCUGGCCGGCGGCGGACAGCCGGAGGCAGUGGCUCGUCUUCUACAAGGCCGACGGCGUGACGCUGGCGGGGAAGGGCACCAUCGAGGGCAACGGCGAGGAGUGGUGGGAUCUCCCGUGCAAGCCUCACCGGGGCCCCAACGGAUCGACGCUGCCCGGACCAUGUGACAGCCCUGCGCUGAUACGGUUCUUCCUGAGCAACGACGUGACGGUGCGCGGCCUGCGGAUCGAGAACAGCCCGCAGUUCCACCUCAAGUUCGACGACUGCGCGCGGGUGCGCGUCGACGGGCUCUUCAUCAGCUCGCCGGCGUCCAGCCCCAACACCGACGGCGUCCACGUCGAGAACACCACGGCCGUCCAGAUUCUCAACUCCAGGAUCUACAACGGCGACGACUGCGUCUCCAUCGGCGCCGGCUGCUCCGACGUCCACAUCGAGAACGUAACAUGCGGCCACGGCCAUGGCAUAAGCAUCGGCAGCCUGGGCGUCCACAACACGCGCGCCUGCGUGUCCAACGUCACGGUCCGGAACGCGCGGAUCAUCGACUCCGACAACGGCCUCCGGAUCAAGACGUGGCAGGGCGGCGCCGGCGCCGUGUCGGGCGUCGAGUUCGCCGGCGUGCGGGUGCAGAACGUCAGGAACUGCAUCGUCAUCGACCAGUACUACUGCCUCGGCAGCGGGUGCGCCAACCAGACCUCCGCGGUGCGCGUCGACGGCGUCGCGUACCGGGACAUUCGCGGCACGUACAACCCGCGCGCCGGCGCGCCCAUCCGCCUCGCCUGCAGCGACGCCGUCGCGUGCACGGGCAUCGCCAUGUCCGGAGUCGAGCUGCUGCCGGCCGGCGGUGGCGGCGGCGGCGCAGAGGCGCGGCUCGCUGAACCCUACUGCUGGAACGCGUACGGGGUGAUGGAGACGCUCACGGAGCCGCCGGUCUACUGCUUGCAGGAAGGCCGCCCGGAUUCCCUGCAAGAUCAGCUCACGAGUUGCUGAGAUGUGACAGUUUUCUUUUCUCUAACAAUUUUUUUCCUUUCCUAAUAGGAAACUCCUAUAAUAGUUACAAGCUAACAAACUUUAUGUCCAACAUAUGACAAAUCGCAAAUACGUAAACAAUGUAACAAUUCCUCGGAUGGCAUGUAUUCGCAAAAUGGAUACAGAUGAGAACUGAAUUUUGA